CACUCCCACACUAUUCGAAGAAGCUUUUACAUUCUUUCUACAUCCCUAGCUCUGUUCCGUCGAUGGCGAUGGCGUUUAGGGUGCGAAACCCUGACCUCCGCUCUCUCAUUCUUCUGUCUCUCUUGACUAUCACCUCUGCCAAGGUAUUCUUCGAGGAGCGCUUCGAAGACGGAUGGGAAAAUCGGUGGGUUAAAUCAGAUUGGAAAAAAGAUGAGAACCUGGCCGGGGAGUGGAACCACACUUCUGGUCAAUGGAAUGGAGACGCCAAUGACAAAGGUAUUCAAACCAGUGAAGAUUACAGAUUCUACGCCAUUUCUGCUGAGUACCCUGAAUUCAGCAAUAAGGAUAAGACACUAGUAUUCCAAUUUUCUGUCAAGCAUGAACAGAAGCUCGACUGUGGUGGUGGCUACAUGAAGUUGCUUAGUGGGAAUGUUGAUCAGAAGAAAUUUGGUGGCGAUACUCCUUACAGUAUCAUGUUUGGACCAGAUAUUUGUGGUUACAGUACCAAGAAAGUGCAUGCUAUUUUGACCUACAACAACACAAACCACUUGAUCAAGAAGGAUGUCCCUUGUGAGACUGACCAACUAACUCAUGUUUAUACAUUUAUCCUCCGUCCAGAUGCAACCUAUAGCAUCCUGAUUGAUAAUGUGGAGAAGCAAACUGGUAGUCUCUACUCUGAUUGGGAUCUUCUCCCUCCAAAGAAAAUCAAGGAUCCUGAAGCCAAAAAGCCAGAAGAUUGGGAUGACAAAGAAUACAUUAGCGAUCCCGAGGAUAAGAAACCAGAGGGAUAUGAUGACAUCCCUAAAGAGAUCCCAGAUGCCGAAGCCAAGAAGCCCGAAGAUUGGGAUGAUGAGGAAGAUGGUGAGUGGACAGCUCCAACCAUUCCCAACCCUGAGUACAAGGGCCCGUGGAAGCCAAAGAAAAUUAAGAACCCCAACUACAAAGGAAAGUGGAAGGCACCAAUUAUUGACAACCCAGAUUUCAAGGACGACCCCGACCUCUAUGUUUACCCCAACUUGAAGUACGUGGGCAUUGAAUUGUGGCAGGUGAAAUCUGGCACUUUGUUUGACAAUGUCUUGAUUACCGAUGAUGCUGAAUAUGCUAAGCAACUGGCUGAAGAAACAUGGGGCAAGCACAAGGAUGCUGAGAAGGCAGCAUUUGAAGAGGCCGAGAAGAAGAAGGAAGAGGAGGAAGCAAAGGAUGAUCCAGUUGACUCUGAUGCUGAGGAUGAAGAUGAAGAAGCUGAUGAUGCUGGCAAUGACUCCGAUGGUGAAUCAAAGACGGAAGCUGGAGAAGACAAGGAAGAUGGUCAUGAUGAGCUCUAGGCAGUUUGCAAAACGGAUGAGGAUUUUAGCGGAAAGUCAUAUCGUUUUCAGACGUAGUGUUUUUUUGUUUUGUUUUUUCUAGAUAAGCAAACUGGAAAACUGCUAGUAAGAGCUGGAAGCUUAUGUUUCAAUCACAUUUGACUAUUUCACUGAUUAGAACAGACAAAAGGUCUCUUGUUUCGAUUUUCCAAUUACGUUUGGAGUCUAAAUAGCAAUUUCUUUUUGUAAAUCGAUUUGAUAAAGUUUAAUAUGGUGCAUCGCA